AUGCAGGUCAUAAGUAUUGUCAACAGCUGCCUCCGUCGGGUUAAAGAAGCACCAGCGGUGCCCGUGCCAGCCGGAGAGCUUCUGUCUUUCCUUGCUGCAGCAGAAGAACAGCAGCUCACAGGCAAGAAGCAGGAGCUGCUGGAGCAGCACCUGAAACAGCUGCAGCUCCCACCUAUACGGCUCAGCAACUUGUCUGUUGUCAGAGGCGUAAUACCUCUGUUUCUCUCCGUUGCUGCGGCCCGCAGCACCCCGGAGGACCUUUGCUCUCUCGGUUUGCAGCUGCUAAACAACUUCGACAAGUGGACUACUACUAGUUACCCCAAAAUGCUCUUGCUGCUUCUGGAGUGCCUCACAGCUAACCAAGUCAUACAGACGCUACGGCAGAAAAGCAGCAGUAGCAAUCGCAGCAGCAACUCCAUGGGAGUGCGCGUCCUCAAGGCUCUGGCUGCAGAGAAAACGGAGGUACUUUUAGUCAGAUCCGCUGCAACAGCUAGCAGCAACGACAUCAGCAGAUAUCCUUGUUACAGCAAGCCUUCCUCGUCCUACCUCGCAGCAUUACUGGCCAUCUGUGAGUUGCUGCUGCUGGACGGGGGGUCUGGCACGACAGCUGCAGCAGCAGACGCGCAGCAGAAGCAGCUGCUCCAGAAAAUGGCCUUGCGCGUGGUGCAAAGCAUUGACUUAACGGCCUUGCACAAGCGAGAACAGGAAAGACGGCGCCAAUCGUACAGGGGAAAGAUCGGCUCAUCAGUUUGCUGCGGCUUCGUUAGUGUUCUUGGGUCGCAGGAGUCAGCCUGUCGACCAGGAGAAGCUGCAAAUGGAGCGCCAUCACAACAGACAACAGCAACAAUUGCUGAAGGAGAGGGUAGAGGCUUGCCUGCAGGGAUAGUGAAGCUGUGGGUGAACGGGUGUAGAAUGUCGCGACAAGAGUUAGUUCUUCAGCAAACCCGAGCUGUGAAACUGCUGACGGAAGCCACUCAGGCUGCUGAUGUUGCAGACGAGAAAGUUGCAGAAUCAUCUAGGGCAGCGGCAGCUGCUGCUGCCGAAACUAAAGCAGCGCUCAAUGAGUCAGAGGAAGCGACAGUGACAGGUUUGGAAGAGUCGACACGAACAACAACACCAACGAAAACGGAACAAACGGAAAAGAUAAUCCUACCCCCAGUAAUGCUUGCGCCAAUAAUUUUGGGUAGCUGCGCGCCCUUUGCCUCCAUUUCAGAUCCCUGUACAACUACCUUGACGCGCCUUGCUUCGGCGAGCAACGCAGACGACGAGUUGUUGCUGCAGCUUCUGUUCGACUUGGCUCUUCUUCGUCCGCUGCAGCGGCUGCAGCAGCAGCGUCCGCCUCUGCUGCCUGUUCGCACAAGUUCCGCCACACAGGAAACUCGGGGCCCGCUUCCCACCAAAACGUUGCAGAAGCUCUUGCAGCAGCUGGGGAGAAGUCGAGCAUCAGCUGAAACGAGGCACUGCCUUGCUGUGCUGCAGCUGCAGUGGGAAGCCUUGGGAUUGCUGCAGCAGGCGCUACAAUGGGGGAAUAGUACAGGACAGCCUACAGCCCGCUUUAGUGCCGCACUGUCCUUACUGCAAUGGUGUCUCCGUCUUCAGAAAUGGUUCUGCUGCGAUGCGCACGCAAAUGCACCAAAGCCCAGAGGAGUAGAAGAAUUAUCACAGCAACAGCUACUGGAACACAAGCUUCUCUGUCCCUCAACAGCACGCGUGGGGUGUUUGCUUUUGGAUUUCUUCGCCCGAGCUCUUGAGCAGCUGUUGCUGGUUGCGGCACCUCCAGCUUCAGAGCUUCUUGCUGCUGACUUUAUGGAGCCUGUUGCUACUGACGGUGCUAGCGCUGUGGGUAGCAGCAACACGCUUAGUGGUGCCGAGUUGCUGCUGCAACAAUUCAUGCGGUGCUCUGUUGCAGUAUUUUCUUCCGACGCUGUAGUGUCACCAGAUCUCGUCUAUCAGCUCAGCCAAGAGAUACUCUCCCCACGCCUACGUCCUCGUUCUGCAGCAGAACUACUGUUGCAGCCAGCAACUCGCGAGCUGCUCCCUCCCCUGUUGGAAGCAGUCUCCACUGCCUGUCGUGUCUGUCCUUUUAAUCCCGUUCCACGCCGCUGGGAAGGUACCGAUGUUAACGAUGUUAACAGCUGCAAGGACGGCAGCUGCUCUGUGAUGCUGGAAGAGGAACACGACAGCUCUUGGAGUGUGUCCUUUUCGUCGGCUGUGACCGAAGGAAUGCUGCAGCUACUCCAGCAGCUGCUGCUGCUUCUGCCCCGAGCUGUUGAGGCUGAUGCACAGCAAAAAGGAGCAAAGACACAAUCUCAAAGAAGACGUGCGGCCUCCGCAGCCCUUUCUCUUAGCGCUGUUAUGGAUAACCCAACAACCCCUUCAGUUCUUCAGGCUUUGCGCAGUUGUGGAGAUUGGUUGGCUGGGCGCCUAAGCGCCCUCAGAGAGGCCUUGCAGGAUCGAGCGGAAAUGUUGCAAGAAAAACCACUGAUUCAGCAGUUGCAGCAGCAACACGACUAUCUCGAGAAACAGCUCAUCUGCUUAAUUGACUGGACCUUCGCUCUAUGGCUAAGCCCCCCAGCAGCAACCGGAGAAACCGAAGCAGCCAACAAGAAUGCAGAAAGUCAGUCGCCUAGUGAGACAGACGAAGACAACGCUUCCCCAAGUUUCGCAGUGUCUCAACAGCUGCUGCUUCAGGAAGCCCUGCGGCUUGCAACAAAGGCCUUCCCCACGUACCACCCUGGCCACAGCUUUUACUGCAUGAUCUGUUUAAGCUGCACUACUCCAGUCUCCAGAAGCGCUCGUGGCAGCGGCACAUCAAAGGAGAUUUCUGUGGCCGAGACUGCAAGAGAUCUGCUGCAGCAAUGUGCACGCCGGGAGGCCCCAUCAUUUAGCACGCUCCUGCGUUUCUCUCUCCCACGCCUGGGCUUUUGUGGGCAGAAGCCCUGCCAAACUGAAAAGCCUUCAGGGUUGCAGCAGCCCUUUUUCUCACCUCUGUCUGUGGAACCUCGCGUGGUGCAGCAGCAACUUGCUGCAGCGGCCAACACGUCUGUAGAACAAGUAGCAGAGAUCAUGUUGCCUCUUGCCAAACGCCUCGCAAGUCUGUUGCAUGACGAGCUUCAGCUCCGUGCAUGCAUGAGAACAGAGAGGCAACAACACCAACAAACUGAGCACCAGCAAACAGGAGAAGAGGACGCACCAACAAGAACAGCAGGUGCAGCAUCUGCAUCAACAGCAACCGUGGCAGAUUUACCCCUCAAGAAAUUGCGCUUGACCUCAAAGGAAGAGUCAAGGGCUGAUGCAGAAAGCACAGAGCUUGGGCUGGAGGUCAUGCGCUCUUUUGCGUCGCUCCUACUGCCUCUUCUGGUGGCUAAACACCCCGAUGAAGCAGUUGAAGCAUCAAUGCGGUGUACGUUUUGUCGGUGCUGGAUGGGACUUCUCAGGUGGCAGCAACGCGAGCCGUGGCAGAUGGGAGAGCCAACAGCAUCUUUGUUGUCACUUCUCUCUGUGCAAGUGCCUGUGCUGCUUUCUUCGGUGUUGUUCGCACCUCUUACGCUUUCACUGGAUACAACUUCUAUCGCUGCUAAUUCUCCAGCUGCAAAAAAGCCCGGAAAAGCUCGAGAGGAGGCGCAGCAAACACGAGAAGACGCGCGCAGGGCUGCAGCUAAUUUGUUGUGUUGUAUGGCUUAUACAGUGCAGCAGCAGAAGGAAAAACAGCAGCAAGAACUGCAGAAAAGCGAAGAUGCAUCCGGACACGGCGGCCUUCUUAAAGCAUUCCUUCCGUUUCUUACAGGGGCCACCUCUGGCGUACAUCAGCUGGAGCAAAAUGAACUCUUCGCAGUGAUUCCACAACAGUUGCAACACCAAAGCGACCCCUCUGAUGCACUGUACCUCAGGCUCAAGGGACAAGUGGAGCAGCACUGGCAACUGCCUGCACAGUCCCACGAGCAUCAACAAGAACAGAUGCACAGGCUGCCAGCACCUGGGGAGCUUGCUGGGAGCCUAGUUGUCACGGGCUGCAUAUUUUCUGCUGCAGAGGGCGGUGCUAGCAGCAGCAUCAGCAGCAGCAGCGCAGACAGGGACGUAGUGGCUCAGGCAGUCUCAGCUUUGUUACAGCACUUCAGCCUCUGGACCACCGCGUAUUGUGGGAAAGACUGCGCUAAAGCAACUUUUUCGCAACAGCAAUCCCAUCAGCAACAGCGCCAAAUCACUGAUUUUGCGGUGUACGCACAACCCUGGGCAGAUGCGCUGCUGCUUUGCAGCUUAGAGGCGCUAUCGCAAGCUCUCAGGUGUUAUUCACCCUCUCUACUGGCUGUGCUGUUGUCCUCAAGUGAAAUACAGCAGCAGCUUCGGCAGGAACAAGAGCAGGAAACCCAGGACCAGUGCGAAGGCCGUGACAUUGCAGCCAUUGACUCUUUGCUGUCCCUUUUAGUCACUGUAUCCAAGUCUAGUCUGCGUCGUUGUGUCGCUUCGGAGACAGGAAUGCUGCUUCCAGCCGCAAAUGCCUCGCAACGAACUGGCCUUCUAGUGCUGCAUUCCUCGCUGCAGUCAGUUGCUUCUCUAGCCAGCAUUUCAGCAGCGAAUGCCUGUAUGAUCAGCAGCAGCAACAGCGAAAGCAAAGAGGCCGGAUGGCGCGGGCCCUAUAAUCGUGCUCUCAAGAGUCUUUUUGAGACGGCGCCUCUCGUUGCUCCGCCACUUCGUUCUGCAGGGGCUCUUGCAAUGGUGCGGCUACUGCUCGACCUUCACCGCAUGCACAAAGCAACAGGAAUAGCACAGAUAGAAGGCGCGCAACGUGAGGAAAGCACAGUCUUAUCAGGCGAGGUGAAACAAGUAUUGCUUAUGAUGGUGGAGCUAGCACGGCUCCAGCAGCCAGAAGCAUUCUCAGCUGGCAAGAAAUCAGCAACUGGAGAAGAUGAAAAAGCGGCAGCAGCAGCGAUUGACGCUGCAAUAGCCUCAGCCGCGUCGAGUGGCAUCGACGAAGGCCUCGUCCGUUUAGUCUUUGCAUCCCCAGAUAUGAGAGUGUCUUUGUGGCGAAGAGCUUCCAGUUCUGCGGUUUGCUGGCUUUCGGCAGUGCUUUUGCAUGCAAGGCACUUGCCAGAAAUUGCUGCGGUGCUGCUGCCACUGCAGCGAGUGUUUCUGUCAAGAGUAGGGGACGCUGAUACGUUUGUGGGCCACUGUGCCUGGAGGGGACUAAGCCGCUGCCUUCUUGCCGCAUGCAUACCAGGAACAGUGACAGCUAGCCGGCCUUCACCAGCUGCCUCAGAAACUGCUGCUACGAAUUCUGGAGCAACAGCCGCAACGGCAGCACACGCACUAGGAGGCAAGCCGGCGCGUGAUGUUCUGCUACACGAGCUUUCUCUUCACGUUGGCUCCCGUAUUUCCACUGGUCCCAAUGAGCACGUUUUGAAGAUGCAAGGCUUCUCUGUUAAGCAGCAGCAACCGAAAGACAGCAAAGACAGUGGGAAAGAGGAAUCAAAGGACGGACCGUGGUCCGCUUCAGCGGAGCUGCGAGACACGGAUGGAGGCUUGGCGAGAUCUAGGCUGCUGCGCCUGCUGCUUCAGACAGCGAAAGAUGCCGGACAUGUGGCAGCUGUAUAUGCACUGCUAGACCAACCCCUUCCACCCCUGUUUGUGGAGCCUCUGUGCGUUGCCGCAUGCGAUGUCUCUACUCCGGCGUUCUGUCUCCCACGUCUUAGACAACGUUUGCUUCUGGGCCCCAACAACACUGCAGAAGACGCUGCUGGACCUAAUCCGGCAACAAUUCAUGCAGAUACGGGUUCAGCUGCAGUAGCCGAACAACUGCAAUCAGGAAGCGCCACAGAGGGAGCUGUAUCGCGAUCUGCGGCAGAGGAACUAGAAGUGAUGUUGGUGGAAAGUCAGGUGUCAGCUCUGAUGUACUGCUGUCCACUGCCUCUUUUAUUUGGCCUCUCCGUAUACUUUUGGCAUCCAACGGCGCCUCUGAGAGAGGUUGUGGAGAUGCUUGCACAGUCGACCUACGGCAUCUCCUCGGUGGCGGAUCUCACUGACUCCAGUGCUAGCCACAACGCUUUCAUCCUUGCGCUGCGGCAGAAGCAGAAGCAGCAGCAGGCCCGGCUUUCAGUUUGGCAACAAGUCGUGAAGCACAUUGUCAAGUAUUUACAGGGGCCCAAUCAACUUUUAAGAGAAGCUGCUUGCAAAGCCGGGGCAGACGUACUUAGGCGGGGUCAUGGCUGGGCUGAAGUGGAACCAUACUUUGCGGACCUAUGGCUGUCAGCCGCACGAUGUAUGGAUGAUGUUUUCGACGAAGUUAGAUCAGCAGCUGCUUCUCUGGGAAGGGCCUUGAGGGCCCUCACUGUGGAGGUAUGCUGCGAAGGGAGCCCAUUGGUGGCUACGGUGUCUCUUCUGCAGAAGAUAUGCGAGCUUCACGGGGGAAACAAAGAGCUUCGCAUCCUCUGUCUAGAUGUACUUGGCGAGAGCGUCGCCAAUUGCUUUGCAGCACAGAGGCGCAAACACUCUAGAAGGGCGCCUAAUGAUACGUCCGGAAGCAGCGUCAGCACAAGUAUAGAGACGACUGCAGGCAACAGCAGUGAUAGCAGUGGCAGAGGCAACGAGGACUGGUUGGUGCCGCUAGUGUUGUUUCUAAUAGAAGGCUUGGCUGCAUUUGAACCUCGCGCAUUCUCCUUCCACCAAUUUCAUGCCGAGAAACUACAUGGGAUAUCCCAGAAAGAUUUCGAAAAAACGAGAGUUUCCCUCUCACAAACGGGCAGGGCGGCCAAGAUACUGAAAGAUAUAGCGCGGCAAAUGGACCUGAGUGUUGUAGGUCUCCUGCUUCCUCCUCUAUUGCAGAAGCUCCGAGGAAGUAUUGGUGUGGCGAGUCGAUGCGGAGUAUGUUCCUUCGUAUGCUGGCUGUUUGAUGAGUGGGGCAGCAAGCUUUCUGAAGAGUCCAUGCAUUCUAAGCGUUUGCUUAAGGCCUUCGCCCGCAGUUUGCUGGACCCAUCUCCUACCGUCAGAGGGGCUGCAGGCGAAGCAUUCUCGGUGGUCUGCAAGUUUGCGACCGCGCAAGCAGUGCAAGAGGUUCUGGAGAAGCAGCUGUUGCAGCUACCGCCGCCUGAUUGUCUUAACAUUCAGGAGAGAGAAGAGACGGAGCUUGGCGUGGGCAAUGCCCUUCUGCAUGUUUCUAGGCGGGCCAGCGAGUUGUUCAAUACGGACCUGCGUGGAGCCAUUGGGGCGCUCGCUUUUUGUCUUCGUCACAGCAGCAACUCAGCUAUUUCUGAGGUGUAUAGGGAUCUAUGGACAGAGGUUGCUUCAUCGGACGCGUUUGGAAUUCCUCGCUACCUGUCACCUAUUGCGGCAAAACUGAAGGAGCAGUUGUGCCUCUCACAGCGAGAAGAAAGGCUCACUGCAGGUCGCGCUGUUUCCACCAUUGCAGCUUUCGUCGCUUCCACGUGGAAAGAUGGGUUCUCAUCGGAGUUUGCCGAUGUCCACGAAGUAGCAGUUCUUAAAGAGCUGCAUGAGGCGGUUACUGGCCGCCUGCUUCAAGGCCAGGCAGCCUUCAAGGGCUCAGCCCCCCUCUACAUUGCCGCCCUAGACGCAAGUGCUGCCCUUGACGGGUUGUUGCUGCUUCAAAGACUCUCCAGUCCUGGAAAUACAGCAGCAGCAGCAGAAUCUACGAAAUCAGACAGCGCAUGCAGCGGCAGCGCUGCUGUUAUUACAAAGCGCCUUUUGCGUCUGCACUUUGAAGACAAGCUCGCAGUUGUGGCUCACAUCCCCACGUGGCUGCACUUAGUUGCAGGUGCUUCUCGCGCUUCACAGCCGUUUGACGACCUCCUCGGCAUUGUACAUUCUGUUCUACAAAGAGUGGAUGCGGGGCCGUGCGGCGAAGAUAAUUCAUCAGAAGAAGACAGUGGAAACAAACAGAGUGAAACCCUUCCAGUGGGGUCUCAAGUUAGCCGCACCAGCAACCAGCUUAAUUCUCGUGAGGAGAGUGCCCUCAGAGCCGGCGUAACCGCUCUACUCCGCUUCAUAGAAACUGACCUAUGCCUCAGACUAGAUGUGGACUACGGCCACGAGCCUGCAGAAUCAGCAGAAGCUUCAGAGGGUUCAGAGUCGAGUGGCUCAGCAUCUCCAGUAAUAUCGACUACUCCAUGGAUCAGGUUGCCAUCCCCCUUGAGCGUCAAAGGCAUUUGUGUUUUCACCGCCUGGAAGGGCAGCGAAAGCGACAGUAGCACUAGUGAAAACAACGGGCAUCCCGGUGUGACAGAAUUACUGAAUCUGUUUGUGCGGCACCAAGUGAUCUCGAUUCAGCUGAAAAUUGAUUUUUUGCAGAGUCUUUCAAACCUUCUAAGCGUGCUUGUAAAUCUCUCGAUUUGCUUGUGCGCCGUUGCGGAGCCAGAGCUCUGGUGGGCGGUCUUCACCCGCCUCAGCCAGCAUCUUAUGCAGCAGAAGUAUCCCAGACUCAAACUCGCCGCAGCAAACACAGCAGCAGAGCUUGUGAGACACUACAUACAUGUUGGAUCGGCCCGUGUGCAAAAAGGAGAGCAGGAUAAGCCACCGACAAAUGAACAGAAAGCAGCGCCCAGUGAUUCGUGUAUUCAAGGGGGAGAUACAGAAAUGCACUACAACUUCAGCCCCUCAGCGGCGGACUUGAUUGAGGUUACAGGAGGUGCAGCAGCAAUAGCGUUGGAAGCGACUGAUGAAGAGUCUCCGCCGGUAGGAACUAGCCCUUGCCAAGGGACUUGGUCCGUACUAACCCUCUGCGUCACUCCACAUUCAGAAAAACGUCAGCAGCAGCAGCAGGGAGAAGAUAUCAUAAGUGAGGCUGGAGGCAGCGUUCAGGAGAUGCAGCGCUCUCUCCGUCUUCGCCUAAGCGAGGCACAGGAUAGGGAAGACGCUUGCCGCAAAGCAUGCGCCGAAAGCGUCACCUGUAGGCCUGACGCAAGUCAUUGA